AUGGAUGGAUGUCUGCGCAACGAUACGUCCAUCGGGGAGUUCCAUUUCGGUAGUUGGGAGUCAGCGUUCGCCCUUAACCUAGCAUGCGGGGAUUCGAUGUACAUGCGCCCCUCGGUCGGGGGUGCAGUGUACCCCUGGGUUUAUCUUGUACCAAUAAUCAUCAUUCACGGCCCGGUUCUCUGGGAACGGAUAUACCAUUGGGAGAAGGUACAAGUCAUAGCCUUGGGGUUGGCGAUCUUCACCAUGAUCACCACUAUUAUGGGCUAUUGGUCGACAAAUUGCGCGCCCGAGCAGGUGUUGGUGUGGAUGCCAUUAACCGUGACGUUGGACGCCGGGGCUAUGAUGCAGUUGUACUUCCUCAUCAGUGAUCUAGACCGAGAGUACGGGUCCGUGUGGAGUACAGCAUUCAAAUCCUUGAAUUUUUGGAAUACCCCUGGCCGUAAGCCGUUGGGGGAUCGAGAACGACAAGUCUGUUUACUCGAAGUCCAGGAGGGGGAGUUACGGGAAAUUCAACGACGGCAAGACGAAGAGGAACAACAACAAGAUGGAGAACGACGGCAGGGCAAGGACGCUGAGGAAAAUACAGCACUAGGGAAAAUGCAGGCCGAAAGACUCAAACGAGCAUGGACGGCCGUCAUUGCACUAUUUGCACUUCUUGUCCUACUUGUGCUGCAGACUUGCGGUCUCGCCAAGGCAAUUCAAGGACUGCGACACAAAGACAUCAAGGUCUCCUGGUGCUCUCCGAUCCUCGAGAAUCUUGUCGUCGGAGUCUACAAUCGCGGUGUGAACGGUGCGACUACCAACUGCCCGGAUAUCUUUAGCGUCAAAACAGACUCCAAUAAAGGGAUCGGAUGCGUGAGCCUUCCAGGGACAAGACAGAAAGACUGGCUCAUGGUAACAGUCGUCAUACUGUCGUUAUCGUUAGUUUGUGAACUAUUCGAUCUUCUGACGUUACUCUUUGCGCCUGUCAAAAUCGAGAAACUGAAUGGGGUAGAUUUGCGGAGGCCGUGGUGCACUAUGUUUGGAGGCAUCGCUAUUCUGAUUGGGCUAGCUAUUGUAAGCGGCUACCAUUCUAUGUAUCUUCCCGGCGAGUUGUCCAAGAGUAUUUGGAUCUUCCGGCACGAUCCCAGCAGCAAUUCUUUUGGUGCCUGCGUAGGUCGAGUACAUGCCGCAGGUCUCAGGGGUGCGGUCCUGGCAUGGACGGAUGGCCUGCUAGACUUUAUGCACAACGUGUACCUGGGCCCUGACAACUAA